UUGGCUGAAAGGGCUUUGGCUCUUCUACAAGGCUCACAAGAGUAUCGAGUGGUGAUACUGCUCGUUGGUGCUCCGGGUUCUGGUAAAUCUACGGUUGCUCAGAGGUGUGUUGAUAUUAUAAACGAACUGCACAGGACAAGAGGUAAGGUGGUGAUGGGGAGUGCGAACGGUGGUGGGACACAGUAUCCACGGAUUGAGUGUGAAUCGCAGCGCAUGUACGAUCCAUUGGCUCAGAUUGACUAUGAGGACGAAUGCUUCGAGCCCUCGGUAGAGAUGACCACGAAAGGGUGCAUCGUUAGAGGACGAGGUGGUGAUGAUACCGCAAUAAAAGUUGAAUACAACAUGGAUGAUGAUCCUGGUGCGACUUCAAGUGAUGAUGCUGUGGAACUGGCACAAGUUGUACCCAUGGACGGCUUCCACUUGCCUAGAAGGGUGCUGGAUAGGUUCAAAGACCGGGAAAAUGCAUACAGGAGACGUGGGUCUCCCUUCACGUUUGAUUCGUCCCUAUUGGUUGAGCUCAUCUCGAUAUUGAAACUCACAUCACUGGACAUAUCUUCAAGGCUAUCACCUCUGGACACGCUCAAUUCUCACCAUGCAGUGCCGGAUAUCUACAUACCGAGUUUUGACCAUAUGGAGAAGGAUCCCAAGAUGUUUGGAACGUGCAUCAAGUCUUCUUCGAGAAUAUUGAUCAUAGAGGGGCUAUACCUUCUCUUGAAUAACCCAGUUUGGGAGAAGAUUCCCAAGCUGUUGGAGCCCACUAUGAAGAAUCACGAGUUUUGGAAACUACUUAUAGACGAUAAUAAGAUCCUUUCUAGACUGGGAUCCCGUCAUUUAAGAGCUGGAAUAGUAUCCACGCUACAAGAAGGUGAAGAUAGAGUUAGAGUCAAUGACCUGCCUAAUGGCCAGAAGGUU